AUGUGCAACCGAAACCCUUGCAGAUUCGCUCACGGGGGAGAACUUCCGCUGCCGCGGCAGCAGCAGCAGAUUUCUAACGGCGUGCGUUCUUCUCAUGUCUACCACCGCGCGUCCCGUUCUGAAUCCCAAUCUACGGCCGUCGGUGGCGGCGCGGCUCGGAAGAAGAGCGAGAAGCAGGUUUGUCGCGACUGGAAGUCUGGGAAUUGCAGCAGGGGCGAUGAUAAGUGUCGAUUCUUGCACUCCUGGUCCCGUGGAGAAGGGUUUUCAAUGCUUGCGAGGCUAGAAGGAAACGGUAACACGGGUGUGAUUUCUGGAAUCGCUCUUCCUUCUGGAUCUGAUAAGCUUUUCACGGGGAGCAGUGAUGGGGUUGUCCACGCUUGGGAUUGCACUAGCGGUCAGAUUGUGGGCACACAGAAUGCUGGUGGGAAAGUUGGGUGUUUGAUUACUGAAGGUGAAUGGCUCUUUGUGGGAUUACCCAAUGCCGUCAAGGCAUGGAACCUUCAAACUGGGGCUGAUUGCAGUCUCACUGGCCCAACUGGCCAAGUUUAUGCCCUGGAGGUUGGUAUGGGGUUUUUGUUUGCUGGUGGUGCUCAGGAUGGAGUGAUUUUGGCGUGGAAUGGCAGUGCUACUGGUGAGCAACAAGGCAACCCUUUUCAGCCUGCUGCAACACUCAGUGGGCAUACCAGUGCUGUCAUAUCAAUGAAGGUUGGAGGUGGGAGAUUGUUCUCUGGCUCCAUGGAUGGAACCAUCAAAGUUUGGGAUAUCAGCACUCUUCAGUGCAUUCAGACGAUGAAGGGGCAUGACAAUGCAGUGAUGUCUCUCCUCUGCUAUUCAGACUUCCUUCUGUCAUGCUCAUUGGACCAGAAGAUCAAGGUGUGGGCUGCCACCGGUGAAGAUGGAAGCUUUGAGGCGGUGUAUACAUACGAAGAAGGUGAUGGUGCUCUAGCCAUGUGUGGGGUGGAAGACCCGGAUGGCAAGCCGGUUUUGUUGUGCUCCUGGAACGACGAUUCAGUUGGGUUGUAUGAGCUGCCCUCCUUUGCUGAGAAAGGGAGGAUAUUUGCGAAAGGUGAAGUAAGGACCAUCAAAGGAGGUCCUGGGGGACUGGUUUUCACUGGAGAUGCUACAGGUCUACUGACUGUAUGGAAACUGGCAGCAAAGGCAAGUGGAGCAGCCAUGGCAGAGUGA